AUGCCUGCUAAUGGGAACCGUCCCUUGAAGUUGCAGUUUGGUCUCAUCAACCAUGAGGGUCGUUACCUUACUGCCGAGGCCUUUGGCUUCAAGGUGAAUGCGUCAGCACCCAGCCUGAAGAAGAAGCAGAUAUGGACCCUAGAGCAGGACUCUCAGGACGCCCAGGUGGUCUACUUGCGUAGCCACCUGGGACGCUACCUGGCCUCCGACAAGGACGGCAAAGUCACCUGUGAGGCCGAUGGACAAAAUUCUGACUGCCGCUUUCUCAUCGUGGCUCAGUCAGAUGGUCGUUGGGCCCUGCAGUCUGAGCAGCACCUGCGCUUCUUCGGUGGCUCUCGGGACUACCUGUCCUGCUUUGCACAGGUAAUCACAGAUGCCGAGCUGUGGGCGGUGCACCUGGCUCUGCAUCCUCAGGCCAACCUGCUGUCUGUGGCCCGCAAGCGCUACGCCCACCUCUCCAUGGAGGACGGGGAAAUCGCUGUGGAUAUGAACAUUCCCUGGGGCGUGGCAGCGCUCCUGACACUUGUCUACCUGGAUGGCAAGUAUUGCCUCAAGACCUGCGACAGCCGCUUCCUCAGCAAUGACGGGAAGCUGUUGAUGCAGAGUAGCAGGACCACGGCGUACACGCUGGAGCUGAAGUGUGGGAAGCUGGCCUUUAAAGACUGUGAGGGGAAGUACUUGUCUCCCAUGGGGCCCACUGGCACCCUGAGGUCUGGACGGUGCUCCAAGCCGGGCAAAGAUGAACUGUUUGACCUAGAGGAGAGCCACCCACAGGUGGUUUUGAUGGCCGCCAACGGGCGAUAUGUCUCCAUAAGACAAGGAGUAAGCCUUGCAGCCAAUCAGGAAGAUGAGACGGACAUGGAGACGUUUCAGAUGGAGAUCGACAAGGAAACCAGGAAGUGUACGUUUCGCACCAGCCAAGGGAACUACUGGGAUCUGGUGGCCCACGGAGGCAUCCAGAGCACUGCCACUGAAGUGUCAGCAAACACCAUGUUUUCAGUUGAGUGGCUUGGCCACAGGGUGGCACUAAAGGCUAACAAUGGAAAAUACAUCUGUACCAAGAAGAACGGCCAGCUACUGGCUGUCAGUGACUCCAUAGGCGAGGACGAGCAGCUCAUUCUGAAGCUGAUCAACCGACCCAUGCUGAUCCUGAGAGGAGAGAACGGGUUCAUCUGCCACCACAAGAACUCCAACUUACUGGACGGCAGCAGAUCGGUCUACGACAUUUUCAACCUGCAGUUCAGUAAUGGAGCGUACCAUAUUAAAGGCGUGGACGGUCGGUUCUGGUACGUGAACAGCGCUGGACUAGUCUGCUCAGACGGGGAGGCCCCUGAGGAUUUCACUGUGGAGCUCCUGGAGCACGGUCGCCUCGCCAUCCGCAGCAAGAACGGCAAAUAUCUGCGUGGAGACCAGGGAGGCACGCUGAAGGGAGACGGACACAGCCUGAGCAGCUCAGCCCUUUGGGAGUAUUAA